GUUUUUAUUUUCUAUAAAAUUCAGCCCCUACCCUUUCCGCAAACUCCAACUCUGCAAAUCGCAUAGUCCUUCCUGCUCCUCCCGCAUCCUCUCCUCUUAAAACCUAACUACUCUCCCCAAGCAACCUCCUCUAGUUGGCGGCGCCACCUCUCCAACCACAUCUCCGUCGCCGCUUCUGCUAUCCUCGCUUCUUUUACCUCUGUGGUUCGUGUAUUUAUUUGAAUCAUCCAAUCAUGGCGACCAGGCUUCAGUUUGAGAACAAUUGUGAAAUUGGUGUCUUUUCUAAGUUGACCAAUGCUUAUUGUUUGGUCGCGAUCGGUGGGUCGGAGAACUUUUACAGUACGUUUGAGUCUGAGUUGGCGGAUUAUAUCCCUGUUGUGAAGACCUCUAUUGGUGGAACAAGGAUUAUUGGUCGAAUGUGUGCAGGAAACAAAAAUGGGCUUAUUGUGCCUCACUCCACUACUGACCAGGAACUCCAACACUUGAGGAAUAGUCUUCCUGAUUCCGUAGUCGUUCAACGCAUUGAAGAAAAGCUAUCUGCUCUAGGAAAUUGCAUAGCUUGCAACGAUUAUGUUGCUCUCACCCACACUGAUCUUGAUAAGGAAACCGAGGAGAUCAUUGCAGACGUACUUGGUGUUGAGGUUUUCAGGCAAACAAUUGCUGGAAACAUUCUAGUGGGAAGUUACUGUGCCUUCUCUAACAAAGGUGGUUUGGUCCAUCCUCACACCUCAAUUGAAGAUUUGGAUGAGCUAUCUACACUACUCCAGGUCCCCCUGGUGGCUGGAACAGUUAACCGAGGAAGUGAAGUAGUUGCUGCUGGGUUGACAGUGAACGACUGGACAGCAUUCUGUGGUUCGGACACAACGGCCACAGAACUAUCAGUGAUUGAGAGUGUUUUCAAGUUGAGGGAAGCCCAACCCAGUGCUAUUGUCGAUGAGAUGAGGAAAUCUUUAAUCGACAGCUAUGUCUGAGUUUAUCGCCCUUUUUAUUGGUGACUAAAACACCAUAUUGUGCUCUCAAAGUUAUCUUUAAAUUAGUAUAUGUUGAACUCUAUAGUAUAGUCAGUCUUAACUAUUUGGAAUUAUGAUCAGUUGAAUCAAACAGUUGAAUCAGGGAGAUGUAUUGUAGAAAAUUUAGUGUGAUCUGCAAAAUCCCAACAGCUUAAAGUGUGAUUUUCAAUUGUUAUUUGGGUUGGUUUA